CGUCAAGCUUACAUCUAUUGACGUGCAACCCGAAACGCCGAUCAUGUCUAUUUAAGUUAAAAUUACAUCAAAAUAUACAGAAAACCUAUAAGUUAUCCACAUAAAAAGUCAGUUUAAUGCUUCUAGUCGUCAUUUAAAAUGGUCCGACACAGAAAAGGCGGGAAGGAGCAGCACAAGAACGGGAAUAACGAGACGAGUAGCAGUUCGGGGUCCAGCGUUAGUUCUGUGGGGAAUAAGUCGUUCAAAUUGCUAUCAUUAUGGAAGACCAUGCUGGGGUUUGUGUGCCUGGGUAUAGCGGUGUACGUCGGCACACUGGGGUACCUAGAAACAAGGGUGAACACGCCGUUUGACGAUGAAAAGGUGGUGCAAAAUUCAGGGCUGUCCAUCCCGGAGCGGUACUGGGGUACAUACAGACCCGGAGUAUACCUCGGCCUCAAGAGUCGGGAGCCGCGUUCACCAGUCUUUGGUCUUAUGUGGUAUGACCUAGCAUCUGCAGCACAAAAGGGUAUAAGACACUGGUGUGACCAAGGUGACAACCUACCUACAUACGGUUGGUUGUGGCAUGAUGGAGUCAGUUUUGGAGAGCAGCGCAUAUCAGACCCUCCUCACAAUAUCAUCACCAGCUUCGUGAAGACUCCUGGAGGGGAGCAUGGAGGACAUUGGACUGCCAGGAUCAAUGUUACAUCUAAGAUAAAUACGUCAACGCCUUUCGCGCUGAUCUGGUACGCGGCGUUGGACGAGUCGCUGGGCGGCGCCGCGCCCCACUCGCGCCUGUGGCUCGAUGGCGAUUCGCUGCUCGGACACACGCCGCAUCUGCACAACUUCAAGAUCAAUCUGCUGCCGCAUUCAGGCAAGUUACUCCACAUGUCGCAUUCGGAGGCGCACGCACCAGGGCUGCAUCUGUUGAAGGAGAAGCUAUACUCGCUGCUGAGGGAGCACAAGCUGUCCGGGCCGCACGGACGCGUGCCCGCGCUCGGACAGGACGAGGACCUCACCGGACACCAGGAGCAGGAAGUGAACUUCGUGCCGAUCCAGCUGCUGGUGCAGCCGCCGUUCGUGCUGGACGUGGUGUACUCCACCGAGGACCUGCCCACGCCGCCGCUCAAGGGCGACGAGUAUACCACUGUACUGGAGAACAAGAAGAAAGACUUCGAUGAGGAGUUUGAAAAGAAGUUCAAGCUCGUCGAGAAGGGGUACAAACAAGAGGACAUAGCCAUAGCCAAAGCUGCAAUGUCGAACAUGAUAGGCGGUAUAGGAUACUUCUACGGCGCGGGGCGGGUGCAGUCGCAGUACACAAGAGAACCGGUGCCGUACUGGCGCGCGCCGCUCUACACCGCCGUGCCCAGCAGGUCGUUCUUCCCCCGCGGUUUCCUGUGGGACGAGGGCUUCCAUGGUCUUCUCAUCGGCCGCUGGUCCCCGGACAUUCAGAUGGACAUCGUCGCGCACUGGCUCGAUCUCAUCAACGUUGAGGGAUGGAUACCUAGGGAGCAGAUAUUGGGUUCCGAAGCCCUCGCUCGAGUGCCCAAGGAGUUCGUGGUACAGAGCAACGCGGCCGCUAACCCGCCCAUGUUGCUCAUCACGCUGGCACAGUUCGUGAACAAGAACCGCGAGCUGUUCGAACCGCAUGCGCCCUACAGGAGCAUGCUCGACAGAAUGUUCAGUAGACUGCAGGCAUGGUACCAGUGGUUCCAGAACACACAAAAGGGUGAAGAGCCAACUUCAUACAGGUGGCGUGGCAGGGAGGACGACGGCUUGCAGCUCAACCCCAAGACCCUCAGCUCUGGAAUUGACGACUAUCCAAGGGCGUCACACCCGUCCAACAUCGAGCGGCACGUGGACCUGCGCUGCUGGAUGUACGCCGCUGCCGACGCUAUGGCCACCAUCGCGGACGUGCUGCAGAGGGACACCAGCAAGUUCGAGGCUCUGAGAGACCAGCUCGGCGAUGAGGAAUUGCUGAACGAGCUGCACUGGUCGCCGCGCACGCAGACUUAUGCAGACUAUGGUAUGCACACGGACGGCGUGAAGCUGGUCCGGCAAGCGCCGAAGAACCCCUCGGAGCAGGCCAAGUUGGUGCGCAGCGUCACCACGCCGCCGCACGCCAGGCUCGUCACCUCCGCAUUCGGGUACGUGUCGCUCUUCCCGAUGCUGCUGAAGGUGCUCCGACCCGAGAGCGACAAUCUGGGCAAGAUCCUGGCCAACCUGGAUAACCCUGACCUCCUGUGGUCGCCGUACGGACUCAGGUCGCUGUCGAAGUCGUCGCCGCUGUACAUGAAGCGCAACACGGAGCACGACCCGCCGUACUGGCGCGGGCAGGUGUGGCUGAACGUGAACUACCUGGCGCUGGCGGGGCUGCGGCACUACGCGCAGCGCGCCGGCCCGCACGCCGCCGCCGCCGCCGCGCUGCACGACCGCCUCAGGGACAACCUCGUCGGUAACGUGUUGUCGGAGUACAAGAGGACCGGGUACCUCUGGGAGCAGUACUCGGGCGAGGACGGCAAGGGCUCCGGCUGUAAACCGUUCAGCGGCUGGACAGCACUCUUCGUGCUCAUCAUGGAGGGCGAGUACUAACAAAAUAAGACCAAAUAACGGACUAAGACCAAGUAUUUAACACUUGGAAUGGGUAUUGGAAGGGUUGUAAGUACUUUGAUCGUCAUAAUGGACUAAUACUUUGGAAUGGUGAGUAAUGUCGUCUUAAUAACAGACUAAUGAAUUAUUUGAAUGAUAAUGAAUUAUUAAUAACGGACAUGGACUGAGACAUAAGUAUGGAUAGCCAAAAAAGUGCUAAACAAAGUGAAAUGAAAUCGAAAUAUACUUUUUUAUUUAAAUAAAAUGAAAUAAUCCUUUUGAAGUUUUCUUUAGUUAAGAAAAAACGAUUGUUGACAAAUAUACAAAAGUUUAAAGGCGAUAUGAAAUUUUUAAUUUAUUCAAAAACUUUUGGGGCUGGCUGUACACGGACUGAGUACUAAUGAGAGACUAAAUAACAGACGAGAAUUAUUUAAUAGUUAUAAACAAAAUACGCUCAAAAAUAGAAAAAGUAUAAAUAAGAAAAAUAUAUGUGACAACAUACUUGGAUUAAAUAGUAACGGACAAAAAAGGAUAUGAAAACAUAAAGCUCCCUUGGAACAAAGGUGACCUAACACAAAAAAGAUUUGUGGGACAAAUAAAAAAGAUUUGAAAUAUAAAAGUUAAUGAAUUGGGCAGUCAUCCAAAGUGAGAAUUUGUUUCUUUUCUAUAAUUUUGUUUUUUGCCAUAGGGUUAUAGACCAUGCUUUGGAAUUUCGUUUUUUAACGAAAUCAGAAAAUAUAUAAAUUUUGAGUCAGGUCACUUUAGUUCUAAGGUUGUGAUAAAUAGUCAUAGACAAGAGAUAGAUAUAUCAUAAAAACCACAGACUAACACCCUUAUUCAUAUACGUUAUUUAUCUAAGGACGGAGCAUUGCUGUGAUAACAAGUCUGUUUCUUAGACUACAGUACAUGAUAAAGCUUAGCUUUGUUUAUCUGACGGCUUGCUGUUUGUUCAACUUUGUUUAUUUGACAGCCAAUUAGAUUCAAAUUGUAUCUCAACAUUAGCCAAUCACAACGGCCCCAUGUCUACGCACUGCGAAGGCUGCCAUGCCGUCAGCACUGAGAAUCAGACUUGUUAUCACACCAAAGAUAGAGCUUAGAUAAAUAACGUCUAUGAAUAAGGGGGUAAUAAUUUAAAUCUUGACAAGUCGAUAAUCGUUUUUCAAAAUUUUCUCAUGCAUUUUUCUUGCAGUUUCUCUUUGUAUUUCGAGCCUUAUCGCCUUACUAAUAAAAGUUGUUUUUAUCUGUGAUACUUAUACAAUGUAUGGUCUAUUUCAUGUUGGAGGAAACGAGACAAAACAUUUUAUAAUUAUGACGUAUAAAACGGUUUUAGUGAGGCCCUUAAUUAUAAUUAAACUUAAUAUUUAAAUAAUAGAAUGGUACUUCCAAUUAGAAUAUAGUAGGAUAGCUAGUUGAAUAUGGGUUGUUGAAUUUAUUAAUUAGAUUAGGCGCGCACUGGCGGUUAAAUAGUCGCGCGUUUCGAACGCUUCGGAUUUUGUAUGAAAAUGGCGGCGUGGAAACAGCUGUUGUGCGGGGUCACUAAGGUGAUCCCCAGCAAAACGGCACACUAAUCCUAUUUUUAGAAGCUAACUAGAUUUUUAUUAAACAUAUAGAAAAUAAUUUAAAUAUAUUAUAUCUCUAAUAUUAUGUUGUCUUAACUUUGGUUUCCUAACUUUAGUUUCACAAUAAAAAUGCAACUACGUUGAUUCCGUGCAUUUCCUAAAGUACACACCAUUUUAAUUUGCAACCAACACUAUUUAAUGGAUAAUUUAAUAAGUUAAUAUUGUAGUGGUUUAAAAUUUUCAAAAAGACCUGAAAUGAUUUUUUAAGUAAAUUAUUUGUAAAUGUUUGCAUAUUUCCGCGUGUAACUUGUGCGCCGAAAAAGUAUGGAACGUAUGCUCAAGGGUGUUUGCUCGGGGGAGGGUCUUUGUGUGAUGUCACAAAGCGUUUAUUAAAUCGCCGAUUAUUUAAACGCCCGUGCGUCAUUAGAGUUAAUUGACCACGCGAUCAUGUUCCAGGCGGUGGUGACCACCAUCUAAAGCAGAGGUUCCCAAACUUUAUUUCUCAUAGACUGCUUUCAAAAUUUUGCUGGUUCCAGUGGAUAUGUUUUUGAUUGCGCAGAGAAAGGCCAUUACUAUCGCUCAGCUAUCGCGGGGGGCGUCUAGAUAGUUAUGUUGGGGUGGCCGUGCCUUUUACGACCCCUAUCAAUAUUAUCUGCCUACACUGAUAGGUGAAGUCAAGCCAACAUUUUAGUACUACACUAUCAAACCCGAUACAUUUUCAUGGACACCCGCUUACGAAUUGUGAACCCCCAUUUUUUGGUCAACAACGUAGAUCCCCGUCAAGUCUGCCGUGAACCUAAACCACUUUGAGAAUCAGUGGUAAAAAAGAAAUGUCGCACCACCGAUUUCUAUACAUACCAAUCGUUCUUUUUCGAUCGAUUACGAAUGGACCAAUCAGAACAAAGUAUUUUUGACACCUUUACAAAUGACUUAUUUUUAUUGGUUCAUUCUAGGGAUCGAAUUGAAGAUUGAGUUCGUUUAUUGAAAACGGUUGAAGGUGAGUUUUUGAUGCGUCAGCCGAUGUGCAUGCUUGAAGAUUGGCGAACGCCUACGGGCCUAAUGUAUAUGUAUUUUUCGGAUUUUAUCGCGAAUUUUUAUAUUAUAAUUUUGUCCCGACGUUUCGAUGGCUUUCCACCUUACACGGUCAUGGGGUGGAAUGAGGUGUUGGUCGUCCGAAAAGUCAAAGUUAUAACAUCUACCGACAUUUUACAAUUAUACAAAAUUCUGUAUCCGAAACCUAGUUUUAUUUCGAUUUAUAAUCGAGUAAACAUAAAUCAUUAAGGUGUGAGUUGAUUCUUACUCCAUUAACGAUGGGUCCCACUGCCCUUAUACACGGUUGUGUGGUCAAUGUAAAGUUCAUGAUACAAUUAAAUAAUGUAGGACAUGGCCUAAGGUUGAAUCCUGGAAGCUGUGACAAUUCAGAGUUAUAAAGACCUGUCUACAGUGCUUACGUGAUAUCAUCCGUUUUCAAAUAAUACGAAGACUCACAGUGCCUUUAGGACACCAAGCGUCAGUUUAAUGGUUUUCUUGGCUUUCUUCAUGAUCACCAACUAAAGUGUUUCAACCAAUCACAUCGCCCCGUUCUUCUAUGCCUAUACAUUGUCAAGACUGUCAUGCUGAAAGCACUGAGAAACAUACCUUUUUAUCAAACCAUUGCUUUGAACUUAAAGCCCUCUCUACAUCUCGGGCUUUGAUCUCGCUGAGACUAGAUGAGACCGAGAGUGGCUCUCCAAGUUCUCGCUCGCGCAGUUGUCUGAUUGAUAUCUACACAAGGUGGACGUGUUAAAAAAUCUGUCGCUGAAGCAUUAUUUGCUGUAGCAAUCACAUUUUUUUAUCCCAACCCAUGAACAUGGUGUUAAAACCCUCCAUAAUAGCCCACGUAAGUGUGUCGCGUUCCGAGAUCCUCCUGUGUAUAUGCGACUCCAAGAGGCCGGCAUAAUUGUGUUGAUUGUAGAGGGGUGAUCAUCUCUCGUCAGUCGACAUUCUAUUUGAUCCCACUUACCUUCAUCUGAUCACUUUGCCAUACGCAUAUAAAAAAAAAGGAGAAAAAACUACACGAACCCCUUUGAUUCGGGUCCGAAAUACAGACACGAAGUAGGGAGUACAGACCACACACAUAAGCGAGACUUAAAUAAUAUGGUUUCAACACUCGUGACUGCUCUCAUGUAGUUUUAGCAAGAAUGUGCGGGCUUAACUAAGUUAUGUUUGAGAAUACGGGCGUAAAUUAACGAAGUAAAUCAAGAAAAGCAAAAUAGGUUUUCAAUAUAAAUAUCACAUUCGAUUCACUAGUUAGCGAAUACACGUAUAAAACAUAGUUAUUACUUAGAUAGUGAAAGAGAGACUUGUAGUUGAAGUGUGGGGAUUGUUUGAUUAUAGCAGAUUUUUUUAAUGUUUAUUUUUAGAAUUAAUUUAUUUAUCGAUUUUGGCAUCGACAAGCGUGUUCGGUUAUGAUACAAUUAAUAAUGAUAGCAUUUCUUUGUUUUAGUACAGUGUAGGGUCAUUAUUAUAUAGAGUUUUUUCAAAUUCCUUAUUUUUUAAAUGAAAAUACAUUCUACUAUAUUAGCAAAUAUAAUCAUGAAGUUUAUAGAUAUUUUUUUUUCCUAUUAUUAUGUUAUUAAUGUUGCGGCGUACUGCGGUUAUAACCGCGCCAGUUCCACUUACCCUGUACAGACAAUAGUGACGGCGCCUUUGAAAGACUGGGUACAGUAAACGGCACAAGUCAUGAGCACAGUGUUGGGGGCGAGCGAGCGAGUGUAUAGGAACCGCGUGACAAGUAUAAGGCAAUAGACAAGGAGCAUCGACUGAAGAACUAAUCGCGUUUCAUCGGCGGGAAACCGACCAAUCACGAGCGUGCUCACGACUCGUGCCUCUAUCCUUACCACAAGCACAAGCCCAAGCUGUACCUUUGGACUUAGUUGUUUAUAGAUAAGUAAUGUUCAAGCUAUCUGAAGUUAGUAACAACAGCCAUCGCUAUUGUUUUUAGAGACUUUACGGAUCGGGUACAGGGUCGGUGAGGCAACUUCAAACCUAAAGAGACAUCUGUACUAGUGUUUAUUGCUAGAUUAGUCAAGUCGGUUGUAUGUAGUUCACAAUUUACUUAAUUAUGAUAUUGUCUGCAACAAGCUCAUAUUAAGAUAGGGAACAGUAGCGCUAAAUUUGUCAUGUAAGUCGUGUGACUUCAGUUUUAGACUGAGCGAGUGUAAUACAGAAAUGAAAUAUUGUACCGCAAAGUUGUUAUGUAAAGAUUGAAGCGCACGGGCGGUUAAUUAAUCGACCGUCAAAUAGCCGAUUUUAUGUUUUUUAUAACUGCUACGGGAAAUCUCCCUAUAUAUGUGUAAUUCUGUAUAUUGUCGUAUAAUAUAUUGAAGCGCCUUUUAUUACUGGUUAACCGCCCGUGCGCGCAUACUCUUACGCGGGGAGCGGAAAAAAUAAAUACUUUUGAGUUAGAAUGUGCUGUGUCGCCUGAUAGAAAUGUUAGUGAACGAUUCAACUUUUAUCAAGGCAUUUUGAUCAUAUUUCAUUAGAUAAAAUGACGUAAUUUCAAACUUAAAUUUGUAUAUAAAUUAAUACGAGUAUGGUAUACGCAUACUUAUAUAUCAAACAUAUAAUUAGUGUCAAUUAAAUCGUUAGUACAUUCAGUAGCUUGAUAAAAAGAACUGUUUCCGUGACAAGUGGAUUUAAGAAGUUUCUAAACAAGGUAAAGUUGUAACGACUGUCAGUUUUGUAGAUAUUUUAAUUAAUAAUAUCUGUUAAUUUAUAACAUGUAAAUGUGUUGGGGCUUAACAAAAAUUCCACGUGGAAUCUUAGUUGUCAUAGUGAAUAGAAUACUUUGAUAUUGUUUUAUUAUAAUGGUUCUGUUUUUAGCCUCUAACUAUUUCGUAAUGUUUGGGAAAUACGUGUCCUGGUGAAUAUUGAUUGCUUCGACGCUGUGGGGACAUAAUGUUAGAACUCUGGUAUUUGGUUUAAAUAUAUAAAUCAAUCCAUCUACGAAGAAGCGCCUUAUUCCGGUCCCUAACCGCUUACAGUGUGUGUGAGCAGCAUGAGUACACACGCACACUACGAUAGAUAGCGUCGAAGCUGGGGCUUGCAUCCAUCCCCUUACCCCGCGACACCCCCCCUUAAAAGUGGUGGGGCGCGUCUUCGUGAAUGAAAUUAUUUAUGUCUUACUGGAAAUUGCUUUCUAAACGUCAGAGAUUUAUUUUGAAGUGACGGCGUUAGGACGUAUUACUGCCUUACCCAUAAAUAUCUUACAGUUUCGUAACAAAAGCCUUGUAAAUUAAUCGUGACACUAUGCGUAUUACGACUGACAUUCUUUUUGGGUUCUAUUUGGCUGUAAUAUACUGAAGACAUGACUUAAAUUUUAUUUUUUUAUUUUCUAUUGUAUUUUAUGUAUAUAUGUGUUAAUAAAGUUAUUUAAAUCAU